AUGACGACGAUUGGAAAAAUUGAUGUUUUUGAUGAAACCCAAGAAAACUGGGAGACGUAUGUCGAACGAGUACAACAUUUUUUCGCUGCAAACGAUGUCGACGACAAUCAUCAAGUGCCAACUCUGCUGAGUUUAAUUGGAAGCAAAACGUAUUCAUUAUUAAAGGAUUUACUUUUGCCAGAAAAGCCUGUAGACAAGAACUUUGAUGAAAUAGUAAGUACAUUACAGAAGCAUUUAAAUCCUAAACCACUAGAAAUAGCCGAACGGUUUCGUUUUUAUAAGAGAAAUCAGCAAGAAGGGGGGAGCAUUUUAAGUUAUAUAGCUGAGUUAAAGAAACUAACCACACAUUGCAAUUUUGGAAAUAACUUGGAAGAAACCUUGCGUGACAGAUUGGUGUGUGGAUUAAGUAAUCAGCAAAUUCAGAAACGUCUCCUUGCAGAGUAAAAAUUAAAAUUCUCCAAAGCUGUUGACAUAGCAGUUGCUAUGGAAAAAGCCACUCGAGAUGCUACAGAGAUCCACAGCAAGGGUAGAGAAGAAAAACCUCUUGGUCUUGACAAGCUGACACUGAACAGACCCUCGAAUAGAUCAGAUGGUGGCCCACCUUCCCCUGUAGUGUGUUAUCGAUGUGGAGCUAAUACCCAUGUUGUAACUGAGUGUAGAUUUAAGAAAGAAGUCUGUCACAAGUGUGGAAAGAGAGGUCAUAUUCAAAGAGCUUGCCGGGCACAACAAAGCCAGGGGCCCGGUAGACCCUCGCCCAGAUCAAGAUACCAGAAAUCGACCAAUGCCAUAGAGACCGAACCAGAUGAGUAUGAACACUUGUUGAAUAACCUAGAAGUUCAUAAUGUAAACAAAUCAAACAGUGAUGUCAUAUGGGUUGAACGUGAAAGUUGA